CUGUCCCCGCCAUCUCCUCCCUCCGCGUCCCUCCCCGUUCCCUCCCAUCGCUGGCGGUCCCUCCCGCCGCUGUCCCCGCGGGCUCAGGCCGGGCCAUGGCCGAUCCGCCGCGGUCUCCGCCGGUCCCGGGCCCGGCGCUGCCGCUGCGGGCGCGGCUGAGCUUCGCGUGCGGGCACUUCCUGAACGACGCGUGCUCGGCGCUGUGGUUCACCUACCUGCUGCCCUUCCUGCACGCCGUGCUGGGCUACGGGCACGGCGCGGCCGGCGGGCUGCUCCUGGCCGGCCAGGCGGCCGACGGGCUCUGCACGCCGCUGCUCGGCUUCGAGGCCGACCGGGCCCACGGCUGCGGCCGCUGCGGGCGCAGGAAGGGCUGGCACCUGGCCGGCACCACCUGUGUCCUCGUGUCCUUCCCCUUUGUCUUCAGCCCCUGCCUGGCCUGCAGAGACAGCACUCCACAAUGGGCAGCCUUCAUCUACUACCUCCCCUUCAUCAUCAUCUUCCAGUUUGGGUGGGCAGCCACACAGGUGUCCCACCUGGCUCUCAUCCCUGAGCUGGUGAGCAGUGACCAUGGGAAAGUGGAGCUCACGGCUUUCAGGUAUGCCUUCACUGUCAUGGCCAACAUCACUGUGUACGGCCUGACCUGGCUCCUGCUGAACUUCCAGACGGACCAGCCCGACCACAUGGAGCACCUGGGCCCACAGGACAUACCUGUGUUUCGGAACUUGGCCCUCAUUGUGGUGGGGCUGGGGGCCGUGUUCUCCCUCAUCUUCCACCUGGGCACCACGGAGAAGCCGUACCCACCAGGGGGGCUACCCGAGUCAGAGGAGAGCACCCCGCUGCUGCACAAGGAGCCCUCAGGCCCCCCACGCCCACUGCUGCUCUGGAAGGACUGGCUGCUGGAGCCCUCCUUCUACCAGGUCGCGGUGCUCUACAUGGCUACCCGCCUCAUCGUCAACCUGUCCCAGACCUACAUCGCCAUGUACCUGACCAACUCACUGCUGCUCUCCAAGAAGUACAUUGCCACCAUUCCCCUGGUGAUGUACGUCAGUGGGUUCCUCUCCUCGUUCCUCAUGAAACCUGUGAACAAAUGGAUUGGUCGGAAUCUGACUUACUUUGUGGGCAUCCUGAUGGUCCUGGCCUUUGCCUCCUGGGUAGCCUUGGUCAGGCCAAUAGGAGAUGAGAUCUACGGGCUGGCGGUGCUGCUCGGGGCCGGCUCAGCCACCAUCCUGGUCACUUCCCUGUCUAUGACUGCAGAUCUCAUCGGCACCAACACGCACAGCAGCGCGUUUGUGUACGGUGCCAUGAGCUUCACGGACAAGAUGGCCAAUGGCCUGGCUGUGAUGCUGAUUCAGAACCUGCACCCCUGCCCGACUGAGCUGUGCUGCCCCGCCUGUGUCGACUUCUACCGCUGGGUCAUGGUGCUGGUCACUGGUGGCAUUGCUGUCACCGCUGUCACCACACUGUGCUCCAUCAUGGUGUGGCCCAUCCGGAUCCACUACCGUGCUGUCAGCCUGCAGGGGCUGAGCAGCACAAGGACCCCUGAAAGCAACGGCAGUGAGGGAGAGAGCCAGAGCGGCGCCUUCAACGUCAACUGAGCGGGGCUGUGUCCUCGAGGCUGUGUCCUCGGGGCUGUGUCCUCAGGGCUGUGUCCUCAGGCCUGUGUCCUCAGGCCUGUGUCCUCGGCCACCAUGCCCUGGGCCACCGCAGCACCACACUCCGAGUCCGGAGGGUGCCCUGCACUGGAGGCACCGGACUCUGGGGAGGGGGUGACCCCGUCCCCUCGCACUGGACUCACAUUCCCCCCCUGACCCCGUGUCCCCGCCCUGGGCUCUGGUGUCCCGACCCCGCCGGGCCGAUGAAGGCUGUCCCAGGUGCGGUGUCACCGGUGCAGGGUCACCUGUCACCUCUCACCUGCACAAUGAACACUAGAAGGGCCUAGGCCAGGCCGGGGCAGCCUCACAAGAGGGCGGCGCUGGGCCCGAGGUUUUAA